AGAGGUAUGGCUGGCGCACUCGGCCGGAGCGGCCUAAGGAAGCUCCAUUUGCAUGUUCGUGACGAGAUUGGUCCAACUCCUGCGUGACGCGGCCGACAGGGUCCCGCGCUGCCACUUGCGGUGCCGGACCGAUACGCCUGACAACGCUCACAUGGAACACUGGCUGCAGCUCAAGCAGCAACGCCGUGUUCAAGGGAGUGUGGAGCUAACCUUCUUUAAACUGCUCAUUAACCGUCAUUACAUCCGCGUGUUGAUUGAUAGUGGUUCAACCACUAAUUUCUUUUCUCCUAAUGGGAUUCGUAAGGUGGGCCUGGGAAUGAAGCAAGUGGAACUGCAGAACCCUUGUCAGACCCAGGUUGGCAACCAAGAGGUUGUCACAUCCACGCAUGCUGUCAAAGGUGUGCGCGUCACCUUUGACAAGGACCGCAUUGUCACACAUGAGCUCAACUUCUAUGUCAUGGACAAGUGUCCGUUCGACGCGGUCAUUGGCUUGGGCUGGUUAAAGGCUCAUUGCCCAAGGACCACGUGGGUGGACAACCAGUUCGUGGUGCAUGAUGCCAAGGGGAACGAGCGUACCGUCCUAUUGGAUGAGACGCGCGAGUCCCCUGUGACUCUUUUAAGUGCAACCAAAUUCUGCAAAUCAGUGCGCAGGCGCAAGGAGAUUGAGCAUGUACAUGUAGCCUUUGUAAAGCCUAUCCAUGUGCCUUCUACUUUUGCUGCAUUUUAUACCUCGGAUGAUCCUCCACCGGAAGUCCCAACAAACAUUCGCCAACUAUUAGAUCGAUUCCCUGAAGUCUUGGCCGAACCUCGUGGAGUUCCCGAGCGUCCGGUCAAACACAAAAUCGAGAUAAUAGAGGGGAGUGUUCCUCCAAAGGGCUGCGUCUACCGUAUGAGACAAGGCGAGUUGGAGGAGUUGAGACGACAGAUUGAUGAUAUGAUUGACCGUGGAUGGAUUAGGCCCAGUGAGUCUGAGUUCGACGCACCUGUCCUAUUUGUGCCAAAGAAAGGAGGUAAACUCCGGAUGUGUAUUGACUAUCGUGGCCUUAAUCGGAUCACAAGGAAGAAUGCUUACCCUUUGCCUCGCAUAGAUGAUCUGCUAGAUGCGGCAGGUGGGUGCAAGGUCUUCUCCAAGAUCGACCUCAAAUCUGGCUACCACCAGAUUGAAGUUGAUCCGAGUGACCAGCACAAGACAGCAUUCAAGACACGCGACGGGAUGUACGGGUUCAUCGUUAUGCCCUUCGGUCUUACGAAUGCACCGGCCACAUUCCAAUGCCUCAUGGACAAGGUACUUCGCCAUCAACUCAACAAGUUUGUGGUUGUGUACCUUGACGAUAUCCUGAUCUUCAGCAAGACCAUGGAAGAGCACAUCAAGCACCUUGAGGAAGUUUUGCAGGUCCUCAAAGAGGCGCAGCUGCACCUAAACUUGGAGAAAUUUGAGUUUGGGAGGGACAGCGUCAUCUAUCUUGGGCAUCGGUUGUCUGCAAACGGCCUUGAGCCGGAGGCAACCAAGGUUGAGGUCAUCCGAAAGUGGCCUCAACCCGCGAAUGUACGCGAACUGCGUUCUUUUCUUGGCCUGGCCUCGUAUUAUCGGAAGUUUGUGCCAAAAUUCUCUGUCAUUGCUCACCCUCUCUCAAGACUAACCAGCAAGAAUGUUGCCUAUGCAUGGUGUGAGAAGUGUGAGACUGCGUUCCAAGCCUUGAAAGAGGCAUUAGCCAGUCAUCCUGUGCUUCACAUUGCAGAUCCCAACCUCACGUUCGUAGUCACUACGAAUGCGAGCCAGUUCGGGAUUGGUGCAGUGCUGCAACAAGAUGAUGGUGAUGGUCUGCGUCCGCUCGAGUAUUACAGCAAACGCAUGCUUAGCCACAAGGUAGCUACUUCCACAUUCAUCAGCAAAGAUUGGAAGGACUUCACGUCGCAGAUCUAUGACAUUAAAUUGAACAAGACUUCUGGUCGACACCCUGAAGCCAAUGGAUUGGCUAAGGAGAUCAACCAGACUGUCAUCCAACUACUCCGCGCAUUGAUUGUUCCAGAUCAGAACACGUGGGACAAGGAGCUGCACAAGGUAAAGGGACUGUAUAACAAUUCCAUUCAUUCUGCAACUGGCGUGUCACCAAACCAGCUGCAAUAUGGAUGGCCCAUGCGCAAUCCCCUCUCCUAUCUGUUCCCCGAAUGGUCACCUGGUCUGAUGCCCGGCAUGCCUGGCUACAAUGCCAAGUACGCACGCUUGCUCAAAACUGUGAUCGCAGUCAUGAACAAGUGCCAGCAUGCCAUGAUCAAACAUGCUAACAAGAUGCGCAAAGAAGAGAAAUUGAAAGUAGGGUAUUAUGUUUGGGUCAAAAUGUCUGAGUUCUCUGACGAAGAGGGCAUAUCACGAAGGCUCUUUCCUUUGUACUAUGGCCCUUGGCAGAUUCUGAAGGUGAUUGGGGAUGAUCUUGGCCCUUCAUUUGUAAUUGGCGUGCCUCCUCAUCUACGCACAUAUCCAGUUUUCCAUGCGUCCAAACUGUUUCCGCACAUUGAUGAUGAGACUUUUCCCUUCCGAGAUCCUAUGAUACCUCGCCCUAUCGACGGCGGCCAUGAGAUAGAGAGAAUCGUAUCUCACGAGGGCAGAGGGAGGAACUGACAUUACAAGGUUCACUUCCUCUAUCACUUGUUGACUGAAUUUUUCUGGAUCGACCGGAAAGAGCUGUUAAAGAAUGCUCCCCGUGUUGUGAACGCUUACGAAAGACAGAUCGCAGAAGGACAGACUGCUAAGUUCGUUGCAACAAUGACUCCUCAUGGAUUGACUAAGUCUCUCUUUCUGAUGUACUCCUACGACGCAUUCUGUGCCGACUCUGACUGAGUUACUCGCUCAAAGGGACCUCGCUCUCGAGAGGGGAGUAAUGUAAUGACCCGCCAAGAACAUUGCUGAUUUCUGGGAUUUGUCACUGGAAUGAAUGCCUUGCUGUGAU